UCUUUCUAGGCAACAGUUGGGCGGUGAGUAACGUCCAAACAUUAUGUGCUGUUAUCAUAAAUGCUAACGGUGAUGUGAUUUUUUAUUCCGCAAUUGGGAUAGUGCUUACUAUCUCACUGAUACCCCUGGACCAUGGAUAAGUCCUUGUUUAUAUAUCAUUCUUCGAAACCCCUAUUUUGAACUGAAGUUGAUUAGCAAUUCAAAAUCGAAAUCGAAAUCAUGGCGAGUAAUACUUCAAGUCUUGAUCUUCCCAUCAAUGAUUUUGGUCCAGCCGAACCCUUGAGAUUUGACUUCACUCCAUUAUUCGAAGAUGUUAUCUUUUCAAUUGUACCAUCCGUCAUUCUACUUUUCUUAUUGCCAAUUCGAAUAUGGAUGCUUCGAGGUCAACCUCGAAAAGUUAAUUCGAGCUUUUUGCAUGGCAAUAAAUUGGUAUGGAUAUGCCAUUCAAAAGACCCGGAGUCAGACUAAUUUUACCGUAGCUAUUCUUAGGUGUUUUCACAAUCAUGCAGACGAUUUAUCUGAUCAUGAAUACUACAAAGUCGACCUUGAAGACACGAGCAACAGUGCCUGCUGCCGCUCUUUCACUUGUAGAUGCUCUCGGCUUGUUUGCUUUAUCACACCUUGAGCAUGUACAUUCUGUCAAACCCUCUGCUCUUAUCAAUGCCUGGCUUUUACUUACGCUACCUUUCGAUAUAGCCAGGGCAAGGUCACUCUGGUUAGAUAACGCCAAUACUUCAAUUGCUGCAGUCUUCACGAGUACUCUUGGUGUCAAGAUUAUGGUCAUUAUUGCCGAGGCAAUAGAAAAGCGUCACAUUUUACUUGACAGAUAUCGACACAUAUCACCGGAAAAUACUAGUGGUGUUUAUAGUCGCAGCUUCUUUUGGUGGCUAAACACUCUCAUGACAACUGGAUUCCAGCGGGUCAUAAGAAAUGAAGAUUUGUAUCCCAUCAAUGAGGAAAUGAGCUCGAAAUACCUAUAUGUACAAGCACAAACCGCAUGGGAUAGAUCCGACCAUAAUCGUUCGCAUUCUUUGCUCUGGUCAACCAUAAGAGCCACAGGACGGGUAUUUUCUUUUGGUAUCUUACCCCGAAUUUGCAUGAUUGGUUUCAAAUAUGCCCAACCUUUCUUACUAGAGAGAACCGUUGGCUUUGCAAAUGACGAGACUCAGCCUGAUAGUAUAGGAUGGGCUUUGACUGGUGCAUUUGGUAUUGUCUUUCUAGGUUUAGCUGUUUCAAGCGGGACCUAUUAUCACAUGGCUUAUCGGUUCAACACGGCGGUACGCGGUUCUUUAGUAAGUUUGAUAUAUGCUAAAACUGUUGAUUUGAGCAUUACUGCUCUUGACGAAUCGGUUGCUGUUACUUUGAUGGCGAAUGAUACAGGUAAUAUAUUGUUUCAUCCUUAUAUGGAAACUUCUCAUUUUUAUCACAGGUGCGAUCUGUCAAGGCUUCACAUAUAUACACGAGCUUUGGGCGGUACCUAUGGAAUUAGUCGUAGCGAUGUACUUGCUCUAUCGGCAACUUGGUUUAGCUUUCUUGGCUCCUUGCUCCGUUGCCUUACUCUGCACGGCAGGCAUUCUUACCAUGGCAAAGUGGAUGGGUAAUGCGCAAAAGAUUUGGAUUAGGGGUAUUCAAACCCGCAUCGAUGUCACAGCUUCAAUGUUAGGGUCAAUGAAGGUAAUUCUACCAACAAAAUUUAUGUGCAAUUUGCUAAAAUACUGUACAGGCUGUAAAGAUGCUCGGGUUUACGGACAUCCUCACAACUAUGGUUCAACAUCUUCGUGCGAAAGAAGUAUCUCUGUCUAAAUUAUUUCGGAGACUUCUUUGUGGCCGUGUUUUCUUAGGUAUACCCUCUUACGUCAGCCAUUGGAACACCUAUCUAAAUUGAUAUUUAGCAAAUUGUACUGGUAUUAUGGCGCCUUUAGUUACAUUCACAGUCUUUGUAAUCUCAGCCAAACUUACAGGCCGAACAUUGAGUACCUCGACAGCAUACACAUCGCUAUCAUUAAUUGCCCUUUUGGCAGAGCCAAUGAAUACAUUGGUGAGGACCAUACCCGAACUCAAUGCUGCUGUAGCUUGUUUUGAGAGAAUCCAGUCCUUCAUGUUAUCGGAUGCACGGAAAGAUCAUCGUUUGCCAUUGGCAGGAUCUCAAACAUCGGCCACUCCCACUAAUGCAACCCAGGGCAUUGAGCUACAUGAUAUGUCACCCAGAGUAACUCCUUCACCCAUGAUCACUGCGCAAGAUGCUAGUUUCGCUUGGAGUCAGGAUACUUCCGCCGUGGUAGUUGAUUUCAGCUUUACCUUGCCAUGCUUUCAAUCACUUUUUAUCAUCGGUCCAGUAGGCUGCGGAAAGAGUACCUUACUUAAAGGAUUACUUGGUGAAACUCCCUCGUCUAAAGGCUUCAUUUAUACUAAAACAGCAAAAACGGCAUACGUUGAGCAAAGCCCAUGGAUUCAGAAUGGCACUAUAAUGGAUAAUAUUCUCGGCCCAUCAACAUUCGAUUCGCCUUGGUAUGAUCAGGUUGUCCGAGCUUGUGCCUUGGAACAUGAUAUUUCUAUAUUGCCGAAUAAAAGUGGUAAGUACUCCGUGUCUAAUGAUUUUUUAUUCAUUGUGAUUUUCAAUAUCCUACUUGAACUCAAUAAGAGUCAUGUGGCCUUACACUUCUGUGUUUUCUCUCAUAACUCGAAAGAUACAACUUACAUGAAUGUUUACACUAACACAAAUCUAGCUACGCGCGUAGGAAGUGGAGGUAUUUCUCUAAGUGGCGGCCAAAAACAACGACUAGCACUUGCGAGAGCCGUCUACGCCAGAAACGAGUUCAUCAUUCUUGAUGAUGUAUUCUCUGGGCUUGAUCCUGAAACGGAAGAUCAAGUAUUCAAAAGACUUUUUGGAAAACAAGGACUCUUCCAAGAAAUGGGUACCACUGUUCUUCUUGCAACUCAUGCUGUUCAUAGGUUAGCAUAUUCAGACUAUAUCAUCGCAAUGGACCAAUCGGGUAAAAUCAUCGAACAAGGUACUUUUGAUCUUCUGAAGGCUAGUGGUGGGUAUGUGGAGAAUCUAGCUACUCGACAUAAAUCAGAGGUAGAUGAUGCCACAGAAGCUAAUACAGAGGAGUUGACCACGAAGCAAAAUCCCUUUGCAGCUGUCGAGAGCGAUGAUCUCGUGAAUGAGGUAGCGGAUCUCAAUCGACAAACUGGUGAUUUUUCAGUCUACAGCUAUUACUUUGCCUCCAUUGGUUGGAUACCAACAGUACUAUUCUUCGGUUUCGUGUUUGUAUUUGGAGCAGCAUCCAAAUUACCGGAAUUUGCUUUGACUUAUUGGACAAGAGCUGUAGCUGUUGAAGGUAAUGAAGCAAAUCCAUACUGGUUAGGGAUAUACGGGAUGUUGUCUGGCGUUGCCCUGGUUGGAUUCGUGGCAGGUGUUUGCCAGUUGGCAUUAUAUAUGAUGCCAAAAAGUGCAAAGGUCCUUCACCAAAGAUUAUUGGAUUCCGUAAUCGGAGCACCUCUUUCUUUCUUCACAGCCACAGAUACUGGGAUGACGACAAAUAGGUAGGCAGAGUUUGCCUCAUAUUUUCUGUUUCUUACUGACACUAAAUUCAGAUUCAGUCAAGAUAUGUCUAUACUUGAUGCAGACCUGCCAUAUGCAAUGGUUGAUCUAGCCUCGUCUAUAUGUCAAGCAAUAAUGGGGGCUAUUCUAAUGUCUCUAUCUGCCGGAUACUUUGCCGCAACUAUACCGGUUGUCGGUCUAGCAGUCUGGGGUAAAUCACGCACAUGCUUCAUAUAUCGAUAACUACUAACUUCUAAACAGUACUACAAAAAUUCUACCUCAGGACAUCGCGUCAAAUACGUCUCUUGGAUCUCGAAGCAAAAUCUCCUCUAUACUCUCACUUCAUUGAAACCCUUAGUGGUCUGACCACCAUCCGAGCUUUCGGCUGGACUGAAAAAUUUCGUGAGCAGAAUCUCACCCUGUUGGACGCAUCUCAAAAACCAUACUACCUUCUCUUUUGUAUUCAACGUUGGCUAGGCCUUGUCCUUGAUCUUCUCGUGACGGCUCUUGCAGUAAUCCUCAUGAUACUCAUCGUGAAACUCCGCACCAAUAUCAGUCCCGGCUACGUUGGUCUCGCGCUCUUAAAUGUCACGACAUUCAAUGAAGCACUUGCUCAAAUCAUCAAAAACUGGACAAACAUGGAGACCGCCGUCGGAGCGGUCUCUCGUCUCAAGAACUUCUCUGCCACAACUGUGAGCGAGAACUUACUCUCAGAAAUCGAAUCUGUGCCAGAGAACUGGCCAGCUUUUGGCGCCAUUGAGAUAAAAAAUGUAAAAGCCUCCUAUACACCCACUUCCGUCCCGGUAAUCCACAAUCUCAAUCUCUCUAUCAAACCAGGCGAAAAAAUAGGAAUCUGUGGUAGGAGUGGAAGUGGCAAGAGUUCUCUUAUUGCAGCUCUAUUCCGCAUGUUAGAACUUCAUCCCGGGAGCUCUAUUCUCAUUGAUGGUUUAGAUAUUAGUACACUUCCUCGACAAACCGUUCGAGCACGCUUAAACGCUAUUCCUCAAGAUCCCUUUUUUCUACGCAGCACUAUCCGUAUCAACGCCGACCCUUACCACCUUCACUCCGACACAGCAAUUAUCUCCGCGCUUGAAAAAGUACAACUUUGGUCUUUGAUUUCCUCUAAAGGGGGGUUAGAAGCCCAGCUAGACGCAGAAUUCUUUUCACAUGGCCAAAGACAGUUGUUUUGUCUUGCGAGAGCUAUUUUGAGAGGAGGUAGAAUUAUUGUGUUAGAUGAGGCUACGAGUAGUGUGGAUAGCGAAACGGAUAAAUUAAUGCAGAGGGUUAUCAGGGAGGUUUUUGCGGGAUGUACUAUUCUUGCAGUUGCGCAUCGAUUAGAUACGAUUGCGGAUUUUGAUCGAAUUGUCUUGUUGGGGAAAGGGGAGGUCGUGGAGACUGGAACAUUUGCGGAGCUGAUGCAAAGGGAGGGAGGUGCGUUUAGGGAGUUGUAUCAUUCGUGAUUUGGGGCUGGAUACAGGUCCGUGACUUGAAUUCGCUACGAAUUACGAGUAUACUGGUCAUAACAGAGAUAAAGGUGCGGAUUUCCAAUAUUAGAUAUCCCCGAUAUUAAACCAAAUUCCAAUUUUCUUUCCACCACUCAACCCACUCGCUAGAAAUUAAAACCAUACGGAGGAAACGUGGAUGAGUCGACCCCUUCCCCGCUUAUAAUUUACCACCACAACGGUAAAAUACCCACACUAACCAAAUCCUUAUCAGUCAUUUCGGGAGGCUCCGGAUAGGGCGCAGAUUGAACAAUUGAAUUAACACGUAUCUAUAGGAAUAUCUACGGAAUUUUAAGAAGUUCCUUAUAUGACUUGCAUACGGCAGGAACACGGAAAUGUGAAAUGAAGACGGAGCAGAUGGUUGCAGGAGGCGUUGUGGUGCGGCUGAGGCGUUAUGCAGUGGUAAUCUUCCGCAGAUUCGUCGGCUUCUUGUCGUGGUGAGACUAAUUUGUGUGAUUGAUUGUUGUCGGCCGUGUCUUAUCAGUUGGUGAGGAGGAUUGCCAUAGCGUGGGAUUUUGUUCGUGUGUAUUUAUGGGUUUGAACUUUGAACACCGAGGCGGAUGCGGAUGCGGUAAGAUGGGAAGAUGGUUGCUCCACUUGCUUGAGGUACGGACUUGAGAACCGCAUAUUCCGUAGAGUCAGAAGUACAUGUCAAAUCACUCAAAUAGAAAAUGAAGUUGUUGGAGAUGUUGGGUUUGCUUACCUCACUUGUUACGAUAAUUUCAAUAUUGGUGUCAACAUGAAGAUUUCUAAUUAAUUAGCUAAUGAAGGAAAAGUUCCUAAAUAGCCAUGUUCGUGUAGAAAAUCGAUAUC